CUUUGUCUUUUGCUUGUGUCUCUGACGCUGAGCUACUAAAGUGAGAGAAAGAGAGAGAGAGUAGCUUAAUGUGUUAACUGUGGACUUUGUUGCUAGGAUUCUUGAGCUCACCUCUUACUCCACCCUCUCACCGUUCUUAACUUCCUUCAUUGUCUCAUUAUUUCCCUCUUUUUCCCUUUCCCUUUUUAUUUUUUUUGAUUCUUUUUCAUUUUGAUUAGAACUUCCAUGCAUCUACUCGCAACUCUCACCCACUUUACCAACUCUUAAGUGCUCUCUCUAGAUAUUCCCAGUUUCAUUUUCAAGAAUCUAUUCUGCGGUUUUGAUUUACCAUCUUCAAGUUAGCCUCAACUCUUAGUUAUAGUGUGUUUAGUCAUUUCUGCUGAAUCUGAAGGUAUUUCUUUUUCACCUCUUACUGUGGUAUAUAUGCUCCAAACAUGGGUUUGAUUCCUUUUUUGUUCCAUUAAUAUUUCCCAGAUCAGCUCUUCACUUUCUUUGCUUCCAUCUUUUCUCCUCUACCUUCAUAUCUAGAUUUUGUUAUUUUUGUUUUGGGUUCUGGGUGGUUACAAGGCCCCAUUUGGAAAGAAGCUUGAACCCAGUUUUGUUAAUGCUGAUGGGGUGCUUUUCAGUUUAUGUAACUGUUAGUUUGGUUUUAUUGUGUUCAUUGAUUUCUCUGGUGAGUGGUAUUGGUGCUAAUUGGGGCACACAAGCAAGCCAUCCUCUGCCCCCAGACACUGUGGUGAAUCUUCUGAAAGAUAAUGGGAUUCGAAAAGUGAAGCUUUUUGAUGCAGAGUAUGGAACACUAAAGGCUCUGGGCGGCUCCAAUAUUGAGGUCAUGGUUGGUAUCCCAAAUGAUAAGCUUGCAUCUUUGGCUGGCAGCAUGAAGGCUGCUGAGAAAUGGGUUUCCAGCAAUGUCUCUAAACAUAUCUCUUCUAACAAUGUCAAUAUCAGAUAUGUUGCAGUUGGGAAUGAACCUUUCUUGCAAACAUACAAUGAAAGCUUCCUCAAUUCAACCUUCCCUGCACUUCAGAACGUUCAAUCUGCCCUGAUUAAGGCUGGGCUUAGCAGUCAAGUGAAGGUCACUGUCCCCCUUAAUGCUGAUGUCUAUGAGGCCUCGACAGGCUAUCCAUCUGGUGGUGACUUCCGAACUGAUAUCCAUGAUCUCAUGCUUUCCAUUGUCAAGUUUUUGAGCGAUAAUGGUGCACCAUUUACUGUCAACAUUUAUCCAUUUAUAAGCCUUUACACGGAUGCCAACUUCCCAGUCGAGUAUGCCUUCUUUGAUGGCAAUGCACAACCUCUGAACGAUGGUGGGACAAACUAUUACAAUAUGUUUGAUGCAAAUCAUGACACUCUUGUGCAUGCUCUACAGAAGAAUGGGUAUGGGAACCUGCCAAUUAUAAUUGGAGAGAUUGGGUGGCCAACUGAUGGCGAUCAAAAUGCAAAUAUAGAGUAUGCACAAAGGUUCAACCAAGGUUUUAUGUCACAUAUUUCUGGUGGGAAAGGAACACCAAUGAGACCUGGGCCCAUUGACGCCUACUUGUUUAGCUUGAUUGAUGAGGAUGCCAAGAGUAUUGAUCCAGGGAAUUUCGAACGUCACUGGGGGAUAUUUACUUAUGAUGGGAGAGCCAAAUACCAGCUCAACCUUGGCACCACAAAUUCGAAUGCUUUGAUUCCAGCAAGGAAUGUGCACUACUUGGAGAAAAAGUGGUGUGUAUUGAAGCCUUCAGCAAGGCUUGAUGAUCCGCAGGUGGCACCAAGUGUGAGCUAUGCCUGUGGACUUGCCGACUGUACUGAACUUGGUUAUGGGACAUCCUGCGGAAAUCUUGAUGCUCUGGGAAAUAUUUCAUAUGCAUUCAAUAGUUACUAUCAGACGCAUAAUCAGCUAGACAAUGCUUGUAAAUUUCCAAACCUAUCAAUGAUCACAAAAUCAGAUCCAUCUGUUGGAAGUUGCUCAUUUCCGAUAAUGAUUCAGCCGUAUUAUGGAGGUGCAGGAAAGAGAAAGCCAAUAGGUUCGAUCGUGGGGUUUAUUCUCUUGGCACUAACAAUUCUGUGAGCUUGAAGCUUCUGAUGAUUCAUGAAGAAUCAUUUUUCCUGGACUACUACUUGCAUUUGCUUUGUAGCAGAAGCAUUAUGAUCCAUACGUGGCAGAAGCAUCUUCCUUAUUUUGCAAUUUACAAGGCAAAUGCUUAAAUCAUUAUGCUGUUUUAAGAUUAAAUUACUGUCAAGUGUUGUAUUUGCUUUUUGGAAUGUUCAAUUUGUGAAGUACUUUAAUUGAAGCCUAACCAGUGAGGAUUGAAAUGUUGCCUUGGCAGCUGGAGCUGAAAGUUAUUCCAUUUGCUUUUAUGUCAUUGAUUUGUAUAAAUGAGAGAAAGAAAAAAGCCCAGUUAGUUAUUUGGCAAUCUCA